UCCGUGCGGCUCGUGCUUCUGCGUGCGUGAGGGCUGCUGCUAGCACGAGGGCGGUCGGGAUGAAGUUCGCUUACAAGUUUUCCAAUUUGUUAGGUACAGUCUACCACCGGGGAAACCUGAAUUUCACUCCAGAUGGAAACUCUCUGAUUAGUCCUGUGGGAAACAGAAUUACCAUCUUUGACUUAAAGAAUAACAAGUCUGAAACAUUACCAGUGGCAACCCAGUACAAUAUUGCAUGCAUAGGACUCUCUCCAGAUGGAAAUCUUGCAAUAUUAGUUGAUGAAGAGGGAGCUGCCUUACUUGUCAGCUUGAUCAGUAAAGCAGUGAUACAUCGUUUCCAUUUUCAGAAACCAGUGCAUAGUGUCUGCUUUUCCCCAAAUGGAAGGAAAUUUGUUGUCACAAAGGAUAAAGUGGCCAUGAUGUACCAUGCCCCAGGGAAAAAAAGAGAAUUUAAUGCAUUUGUCCUUGACACUACUUAUUAUGGUGCAUAUGAUGAAACAACAUGCAUUGCUUGGACUGAUGAUUCCAAAUGUUUUGCAGUAGGCAGCAAGGAUAUGUCAACAUGGAUAUUUGGAGCAGAACGAUGGGCCAAUCUGGUUUAUUACUCAUUGGCAGGUCAUAAGGAUGCAAUUGUUGCCUGUUUCUUUGAAGAACACAGUCUAGAUUUGUACACUCUCAGCCGGGAUGGAGCUUUAUGUGUGUGGGAGUGUGAUACAGAGCUAGAUGGUUUGAAAUCUAGACUACCGAAAGGUCAGUCUGAGGAUGAGGAAUCGGCAAAAGACCUAGAUGAUGAAGAGUUGACUGAAGCAGAGAAGGGCAAAGAGGUCCAUGGAAAAGUACAUGCAAAUGAAAAAGCACGCCAAAAGAAAGUGAAAUACUCUCGUAUUGCCAAAUACUUUUUCAAUAAGGAAGGGGACUUCAACUCCUUGACCGCGGCAGCUUACCAUAAGAAAAUUCACUUGCUAGUCACUGGCUUUGCUUCAGGAAUUUUUCACCUCCAUGAGCUUCCAGAAUUCAAUCUCAUCCAUUCUUUAAGCAUUUCAGACCAGAGAAUUGCUUCCAUUUCUGUCAACAGUACUGGUGACUGGAUUGCCUUUGGAUGUGCAGGUCUGGGUCAGCUCCUGGUCUGGGAAUGGCAAAGUGAAUCCUAUGUGCUGAAGCAACAAGGGCAUUUCAACAGUAUGGUGUCAUUUGCAUACUCUCCGGAUGGGCAAUACUUAGUUACUGGUGGGGAUGAUGGGAAAGUGAAGGUAUGGAACACCAACAGUGGUUUCUGCUUUGUCACCUUUACAGAACAUACUAGUUGUGUAUCUGCUGUAACAUUCACCUCCUCAGGCUAUGUCAUUUUGAGUGCUUCCCUAGAUGGAACUGUGCGUGCUUUUGAUUUGCACAGAUACCGCAAUUUCAGAACCUUCACUUCCCCACGACCAACCCAGUUCUCUUGCCUGGCUGUGGACUCCAGUGGUGAGAUUGUUUCAGCUGGUUCCCAGGACUCUUUUGAAGUAUUUGUAUGGUCAAUGCAGAGCGGCCGACUCUUAGAUGUGCUAGCUGGUCAUGAAGGCCCCAUCAGCAGUCUCAGUUUUAACCCAAUGAAGUGUCUCCUUGCAAGUGCCUCUUGGGAUAAAACAGUCAGAUUAUGGGAUAUGCUGGAUAGCUGGAGGACCAAAGAAACCCUGGCACUAAACACAGAUGUGCUUACUGUUGCUUUUCGCCCCGAUGGCAAUGAACUUGCAGUUGCGUCCCUCGAUGGGCAGAUAACUUUCUGGGAUCAUGAAAAUGCAGUACAGACUGGAUCCAUUGUGGGGCGACAUGACCUACAGAUGGGAAGAAAGGAGUUGGACAAGAUAACUGCCAAGCAAGCUGCUAAGGGAAAAUCUUUUACUACUCUGUGUUACUCAGCAGAUGGGCAGUGUAUUCUGGCAGGAGGGUUGUCAAAGUUCGUUUGUAUUUAUCAUGUCAAGGAACAAAUCCUUAUCAAGAAAUUUGAAAUAUCUUGCAAUCUUUCCUUUGAUGCAAUGGAGGAGUACUUGGAUCGUAGGAAAAUGACUGAAUUUGGCAGUAUGGCAUUGAUAGAUGAAGGAACUGGGGAUGAUGAUAGUGUUGCCAUCCCUCUUCCAGGAGUAAAAAGAGGUGACAUGAGUUCUCGACAUUUUAAACCUGAGAUAAGAGUCACCUGCCUCCGCUUCUCUCCCACUGGACGCAGCUGGGCAGCAACCACCACAGAAGGCCUCCUUAUUUACUCUUUAGAUUCUGGUCUUAUCUUUGAUCCAUUUGACUUAGAAAUUGACAUCACACCUGGCAAUAUACACAAAGUACUGCAUCAGAAGGAAUACACCAAGGCUAUUGUCAUGGCUUUUCGACUCAAUGAGAAGAAACUGAUUCAGGAGGUUCUGGAAACUGUGCCAUAUAAUGAAAUUGAAGUAGUCUGCUCUUCACUCCCUGAACUGUACAUAGAAAAGAUGCUUGAAUUUUUAGCUUCUUCAAUUGAGAAAUCUCAUCAUUUGGAAUUUUACCUUAUGUGGACUCAGAGUUUGCUCAUGCUGCAUGGAUGCAAGUUAAAAACAAGGUCAGGAAAACUGCUGCCAACUAUUCAGUUCCUUCAGAAGAGCAUUCAACAUCACUUUGAAGAUCUUUCCAAACUUUGUGACUGGAAUUGUUACAACAUGAAAUAUAUUUUGUCCAUUUCCCAACAACGGGGUAUAAAGCGUAGAGCAGAUGCAUCUGAAAAUAGUGAAGAUUUACAGAAUUUUGAAGACUGCAAUAAUGACUCUCUUAUGGAAGAAUCCGAUGUGCUUUCAUGAAAAAUACUUGUUGGAUUAAUUUUUGAGAACUUUUUUAAGCAGUGGUAUUUUUAAGCAGUGGUAUUCACUGAGAAUUGAGCAGCCCUCAUAGUGGCUUAUUUUGUACAGUUUAUUUGAAUUUGCAGCUUCUUUAUGCUGUUACAUUCAAACCAUGACUUUUUGCUUGCUUUGGAUAAAAUGUAUAAAAGUAUGGCAGUGGUAUUGCAGAUUGCCUCUUUCCACACAUGCACAGGACUUGCAUGUGUGUGCAUGGGUGGAUUUAGUUGGCAAAUUGCUUACAUUAUUUUUGAUAUAAAAACAUUGUAUAAAACUAAACAGUUAUGGGGAAAGGGUAAAUACAAGGACCACUGGGGUCUAAAAUUAACUGAAAGUAGAUUUAGAUCUGGAUGUGUACCAGAAAAGCAAGGCCUGUUUUUCAGUUAAAAUAGAAAGGAAUGUAAGUUCAUUGUCUCAUGGGGUUUCUGGAGACCAUUAUGUCAUCUAAUUACUUUUGGGAAGACUUGGUAUGUAACAGUGUACUUCAGUACAUUAAAAAAAUUCCAUAACAAA